CAAAACCUUUCACCACCCUUCCGCACCUAACCUUGCUCAUUCUUGAAGUUGCCUUGCAAGUCAUACAAUUACAAAACCAAACAUCCUUCACGAAUAUUAACGGUAGAGCAACUCGCAUUGCUUUACGAAAUUACGACCCCGUCUUGCAGCAACUUAUUGAUUCGAAGCCGAGUUCCUUGCGGGCGCAACCCACACCUUUUCCCCACAGCAGGAAACAACAACAUUAUCAAUCAUGUCGACGGUCGACCCCUAUGACGAUCGGCCUCGCCGCUCUCAUCGAGACCGUGAUCGCAGAGAUGAUCGCGAACCACGAUACGUUGAAACGCAGGAGACCUACGUGCGCUCACCUGUGGCUGCGGUCCCAGAUCCACCAUAUAUCCCACGUACAACAGAGAUUGUCCGUCGACCUGUCCGUGAAGAUAGCGAUCUAUCCAUCGAGGAAGUCAGAAGAGACUUUCCUCCACCUGGUGCGGGAGCUUACGUUCAACAGCGCACCAUGGUUCGAGACGACCGGUACGGUCCGCCAGUUCGCUCGCGCUCGGCUGAACGAGGCUCGCAAUAUGGAGCAUACCUGCGUGAUCCACGACACUCCGAUAGAGAUCUUGAUGACCGUCGCAGCCGCAAAGGAGCAGUAUAUGCAGAACAAGAGAUUGUCGAGAAGCCACGCCGUCGUUCGCUGUCACGAAACCAGAAGAUCAUCGCAGCAGUGGGAGGAGCAGCUCUAGCCGUUGGUGGCAAGGAACUCUGGGAUCGCAGACAAGCUGACGGUCGUCCUGUAUCUCGCAAUCCCCUCGCUACAGCAGCGGUCGGAGCCGCCGGUGCAUUUGCAGGAUACGAAGGUGCUGAAUAUGUCGUUAAGCACACGGAUGCCGGAAAGACAAAGGAAAAGAAGAAGACCUACAUCGCCCAUCAAGGCCGAAAUGGUGAGGUAGCAGAAUACUAUUCAUCCGAUGAUGAGACUGUCAAGCCAAAGAAGAGUCGCCGCAAAUCGAUUGUGGAAGGAGCUUUGGGACUUGCAGGCAUCGGUGCCGCCGCCAAGGCAGCUGGUGGUUCUUCACGAGAUGGAAGACGUUCCAGUCGUCGGGGCAGUGAUGAUGAUUAUGACGACGAUAGAAGAGAUCGAUCUCGAGGCAGAAACAAGGAGCCGGAAGGAGCUGCCAAAUUUCAACAAGCCGCCAAGGCUGCUCUAUUGGCGGGCGCUACUGAAGCCUUCAGAGUACGCAAUGAACCUGGUGGAUGGGGAGGAGACAAAGGAAAGCGUAUUCUAACUGCAGCUAUUGGAGCUGGAGGAAUCGACGCAGCUGCAGAUCGCAAUCCCGACAAGCACAGCAAGCGUCACAUUCUCGAGGCUGUUGUAGGAGGUUUAGCUGGUAAUCGUUUGAUCAAUGGCUCUAGAAACAACAUUGAAGACGACCGAGGUUCUGUAAGAUCUGGACGUUCACGAUCAAGAUCCAGAGGUCCAGGAGGCAGCAGUGGUGCUGGACCACUAGCAGCCCUUGCUACAGCGGGAAUUGGUGCUUUGGCUGGAAAGAAACUUCUGGACCGCUCUCGGUCUCGAUCCCGAUCCCGUGCUGCUUCUCGUCGACGCAGAGAUAGCCCAGACUCGUACGACAGCCGCAGUCCAUCGCCAAGACGUGGUGGCAAAGACCGUCACAAGCGAAGCAAGAGUGUCACGGACUAUGCAAGAAAUGGUCUUGCUGCUCUGGGAAUCGGCGAGGCAGUCAAGAAUAGAGAUCGGAGCAGAGAUCGCGGCACUGUAGAGUACGAAGAAGAAACCAGGGUUCACCGACGCAGCCGAGGUGAUCGAGACCGAGGAGGAUCUGAUGAUGGAUAUGAUGGCGGUUCCAGACGUUCCCGUCGUGGCGAUUAUGCGGAAAGCAGAGGUGAUCCUUACGGCAAUUCACGUUACGCAGAAUCACAAUCAAGUAACGUUGGAUCCAGAAGUGGAGGCCAUCGCACUGCUCGACAGAAGGAUGGUCAGCGAAACAGACGUGUUGCAGAAGGCAAGGAUGCAGAUGGGGGUGAAUCAGAUAGCAGUCUUGGCUCCUCAUCAGGAGACGAGAAGCGCAUCAAAAAGAUGAAAGGUAAGCAACUUCUUACAGCCGGUUUGGCUACUGUUGCAACAAUCCACGCCGCACACAAUGUCUAUCAGAGCAUGGAGAAGCGUGAUGCGCGGCACAAGGCCGUGGCGGAAGGAGAGAUGACACCUGAAGAGGCAAGAAAGCUCAAAGCCAAAGCUGUAUUGCAAGAUGCGGCGUCGAUCGGAAUUGCAGCACUCGGUAUCAAGGGCGCCAUCUCAGAAAUCAAGGAGGCGAACGAAAUGCGGCACGAGUGCAGAGAGUUCCGGGAAAAGAAAGAGGAGCGCCACAAGAAGCGGCUUGAGCGGCAAAAGAAGAGCUCAAACGGCAACAGCAAAAAGCAAAGCAAUGGUGAUGCCAGGAGCAGCAGAGACGAUGGCUACUCUUCGUAUGGGGGUCGAGAUGGCUAUGGUCCUCGAUACAUCGAUGACAAUCCAUACUCGACUGCUCUGCCUGCGCCGCCUGUCGGUUAUGGAAGAUAAGAGUUCUUUGUCAGCCAAAAGACACUCGCAUCUUUCCACCAUCUUUGAGCUUUGAGCUUUCUGCCUCUUCACAGUACAUACGACAUUACGAAGUUAUGGUUUUAGGAAUUUCAUGAAGUCUCAUACAUCUUACGAUUUCACGAUAAGCGCCUGCUCUGAAGAUGAUCCAUUCUCGUUUUUUUUCCUUCUUUUCUUUGGAGUUUGCCUUUCUAUGGAGGAAGAUAGAUCACGCAAGAGCACAUAUCCUUGCAUAAGAAUCAUAACUGAUAUUUAUCCACUGUGCACAGCUUCCCGCUACUAAGCAACACCGAGUGACCUGCCUUACCGCGAGCUUGGACUUGUAACAUCGCGCGUU